GACAAAUAAUUUUUAGAGAGAGAGAGAGAGCUAGAGCAUUGUAGAGAGAGAGAGAGAGAAUGGGAGAAGGAUCGUCAUGUCUAGGCGUGCGGUCAAGUAAGACAAGUUGCAGCACGAGUGGGUCCGAGACGGUGGUCGGCAUAAAAGCGGUCAAAGAGUCAAUGCCCGAGGAGGAGUGGGACGAGGGAAUGCCCUUGCCGGGCGAUAUAAUCGAAGGGGUCGCCGAGGAUUCAGCCGAGGAAUUCAUCCUCGCGAGGGGGAAAGAUAAAUCGGAACUGAGUUAUCUCCUAGGGCGAUUAAAUCGCGAGGUGGAGGAGAUCAGAGUUCGGGUUAGGCGAGGAGACGCCACCGUUAAUCUGAAGGCCUGCGUUGUGCCGGAGAAGACGGCCAAGCUGCAUCGACGGUUCACGAUACGAGCUGCCUCCGAUACUCGACACGUGGUCGUGCUGGGGGACCUCACGCUGGACCAGUGCAUCUUUCUACAGGAGAUGAGCAGGAGGAUGGUGCAUGUAGGGAGCGGCACCUUCCAUAGAAGAGAAAUGGAUUACGAUUGGAGAAAGAAGAUGGGAUCAUAUUUGCCGGACCACCGCUCUACGGUCGUGGCUUCCAUACUAUUUAUGCCACUCCCUGGUGAGCGUGGAACCGAAGCCACCACCUCCCGGUCCAUGGCCUGGUUUUCAGCUGCCGUCUCCUCAGGAGUGCCUCUGGUUUUUGUCAACAUACAAACUGAUCCGAAAAUUUCGAAGCGGAACGAGCAAGCAGGCUCUGAAAGUGGACAGUCUUCAUGCUGGGAAAUGGCUUCAGGACGUAACCAAAAUAACAGUGUAACCUUUGACUUAAUGCAAGGAAUCAGGAUCUGGUUUUUGCCUGGAGUUGUAGAGCUUCCAGUGACAUUGAAGCCAGAGUCUGGAGAAAGCCGGUACGGGAUCGACAUCAAGUGCACUGAAGAGGGUUUCCUCUAUAUCUCUUCGGUCGCUGAAGGGUCGGCUGCUGACCGAGCUGGCCUACACCAGCUGCAUGAGCAUGCUUACAGCGACCACCGACUGGUCGUGAUCUCAAGGCUCCAAGGCAAGUGCCUCACCCCAAAUUUUGUCACUUCAAAGGGGAUGGUUAGUUGCUGUGAUCAUCUAGAGGUAAAAGAGCUACUAGUUUCAGCCAUUGAUCGCAUGGACAACAUGCUGUUGCAUAUAAUGCUGUGGUACCAGGAAGCCCCAUCUGGCGCACUUGGUACAUCAAGGCUCGGUUCUUUUGAGCCCACUAGCAUCCCGAAGUGCCACAAAAACAAGCCAGUGACUUAGUAUGAAGUGCAUGUAACAAGCUAUGAGAUAGAGGAUAUAUUUUGUGAGUGUGAUGUAUAUUAUAUAAAAUGUAUAGGGUGAAAAUCUUUGAUGAAGAUUAGCAGCUCAAUGUUUAUCAUAUUUGACUAGUUA